AUGAAAGCUAAUCGUAUAACAGGUGGUACACUUAAGUUAAGGGUUGCAAAAGCUUGUCAACCAUUUUCUUUCCCUCUAAGGUCUGAUAUGACACCUGCAACGCUUAUUUCCGAUAUUUUGUCUGUUUUUGAUUAUAAAAUCGAAACAGAAGUGAUUAUUCGGAAUGAAAAUACAGGAGAGCAAAUUCUAAACUUAUCAGAAACAGAAAAAUUAGAUUUAUCGUUAUUAAAUGGUUCAUUUUUGGUUUCAUUUCAAGAUGCUGACCUAGGAACCCAAGCAUUCUAUGAUUCACUCAAUUCUAUGGCUGAUCAUACAGGAAGAUUUGAAUUUGCUCAGCGUUUAAAGGAUAAAUUAUCAACUUUAUAUGCAUAUCACGCAAUGAUCUUUAAAUAUCAGUUCCUUUCAUUAGCAUUCAACGAUAUCGUUAAUAAAAACUCUACACCAGUCUCAGACAACUUAGAUGCAUGGAUUUCUGAAAAAUUAUUUGAAUCAUCAAUUGUUAUAAUGAGUAUCAUCAAUCUUAUAUCAAAUCAUUUAGCAGAUUCGUAUUUCUGGACCGAUGUAUCCAUAGAUACUGGACUUCAGCCCACUUUAACUCUAGAUAAUCCAAAAUUAUCGAUUAUUACAACUUUAAUCGCAAAACUUGUACUUUACAACGUGCCAUAUCAAAAGAUAGCAGUUGCCAUCAUUGAACCUUUCAAACCAUCACUUUUGGCCGAACAAUUAAUAAUUUCAUUUUUUAAUGUGAUUUAUUCAAGAUGUACCAUUGAAGAUGCAUAUAUUAUCCUAUCAGACAUAUUUACAGACACUUGGAUUUACGAAUCUUUCAGUUCUGAGGAAUCGUUUAGUAAAUUCAUUACAACAGACCCUUAUCCAACAGCAUUUCCUUUCUUAUAUGUCAGGAAUAUCAUUAACGACGUAAUUGCUGGAAAUACAGACUUAGAUGAGACAAUUUCUAUUAUUGAACAAAUUGUUGAACCAGAUUUGAUCCACAAUGUCCAACUAACACAAGCUAUCGUUGAGCCAUUUAUCAAUUCAAUUUUUAACCGAAUUUUUGCAAAUGAAAAUAUCAAAGAUAAAUCAACAGUUACGGACGAUGCGAUCAUCCAGGAAGUAUUAGAAAUGGCCAAUCCGAUAUUUAAGAGGUUCAUUGCUCCAUACCAACAUGCCCAUUUUGAAACUUUAGAAGUUAUGCAGGAAAUCUUCAGAAAAAGGAAUUUCUUCCCCACAGGAUUGUUCAAGAUUAUUUUCUCCUACCUAUACAAGCAGAAAAUCAUCUCUUCGUCGAUGAUUAACGCUUGGAUGAGAAAUUCCGGACGAAAUUCACCGGGAAAAGAAUCGGCCCUUCUAGAAAUCGGUACUUUCGUUCUCACUGAAAUCCCUAAUAGUAUAAGAGGUGUAAUUUUGGAUCAUCGUGAUGAAUAA